GAACAACCUGAUAUGUGCAGUGCAGCUAAAUAUGAAGAGAGAUCUAUAGUUUGCCAUGAUUAUUUAUUAAAAGCAUUUGGUAAAUUUAUUAUAUGUUGUGACGAUUGGUACUAUAAUACGUUAUUUUUUCCAUUUUGUCCUUUAGGUUAGCUAUUUUUAUCUAGUCGGCGAUACCUUGAACGAUCUGAUAAACCGCACUCUCUAAUACACGCCCCAUCUCUAAUAAACGCCCACCCAACAUUAGAUUAAUGUAGUGUAAUGGAGUUGCUUUGUACACUGGCGCUUUUAGGUUUCAACCCGAGUUGACACGCGGUAAUCCACGCGGUCCCACGCAAAAGCCAUGCAGCCUGGGUACGAGGCAAGUAAUGGAGUACAGAUGAGUUGUGAAAAUUGAAGUUAUUUUUGGUCACCCCACCUAAAACAUAUUAUCUGCUGUGACAAAUUUCUGGAAGGCUUUAUUAAAGAAAACUGCCAUGCGAAAGAAUAAAAGCAUGUUUCUAAUAAGUGAUAGACAUAUAUAUUCUAAUAAAUGUCUCCCGUAAGGUAAUUUUACGGCGCCCCAAGCCUUUAUUACAUUAUUUAUGGUACGUAUAUACAUGAUAGAAUUGAAGCAUUGCAAAUAGAGAUAUUUUGUGUAGGGAUUGCGUGGAUUGUAUAAAGGAAUGGCAACACCAAUCUUUCUUGCGACUCCAAUGUCUGCGAUGUUUUUUCUUGGAGCAUCUAUUGGUAAACGACUUCAACAGAAACACCCUAAUGAUCAAUUAAGGUACUUUUUUAAAUGAAUACAAUUUAACGUGGCAAUUUUCAAGAGUGAAACUCGGGAUAAGUACAUGGUGAAUUCAACACAUCCAAUAAAACUGCUUCGUGAAAAUAUAAUUAGACGGUUUCAUAUUUGCUCCAACUGCUAUAUUUCCCCGGAAAUGUCUCUAACCAUGCAUGCAUAUUAUUUAAAUGUAUGAAAAAACUGACAGAACGAACAUGCAAGUGGUUUUAUUGAAAGCCAAAGGUAGAAAUCCUCCAUGCAUACAUAUAUAUGUCUCCUCCAAACGUUUCUUUGCUAUUUUAGCAAUAUUCAAAAUUUUAAGUCUGGUAUGAUGGCUGCUUUGUUUGCGACCACAGUUAUGGUGCCCGCUGAUAGAAUCAAGUGCUUGUUACAGGUAGGUAUAUACAUCUUACAUGUUAGUCCAGUAAGGUGAAGUUCCAUAUCCCGACUAUCUAAUUACAAUCUUCAAUCGAUUGUAAAUAACAUAUGUCGUCAAUCGUUGAAAAUAAUGUCAGAAAGUCAAAUGUUGCUAGACCUCGGUAUUUGCCAAUCUUGCAUGCCUUAUAACCAACAUGUUGGAUUUUGAUGUUGGAUAUAUUCAUUUUUAUGUAUACAUUGUCAGAACUACAACUAGGUACUAGAUAACUGCAUCCUGUGCAGCUUGUGAAUUCCUGUGCUUUCUUUUGAGUACAGGAAAACGAUGCAUACGUUUGGUCGAAGCCAAUCAAAUUGCCAAUAAAAUUCUAACCCCUCUUAUAAAGCGUUCAACCCCACCAAAAUUUCGCUUCACCCCUCCUAUUUUGUGUGAAAGUCAUUAAACCCUAACCCCUGCCGAAUCUCGCUCAGUAGUGCCGCUUGCACCCCACUAAAAUUUUUUCCACCCUUCCUUUUAAAAAACCCCGAAAGUCCGCUCUUGUUUUAUCUCAUUUCUCUUAUUGGUACGUAUUACUGUAAACAAACAUUUGUCCGCGAUUUAGAUCCAGCAAGCGUCGUCCGGGAAAGCGAAGUACAGUGGUCCUCUUGAUUGUGCUUGGAAGAUAUUUAAAGAAAAUGGAAUAAGAGGACUUUAUAGAGGCACGGGUGCCACAUUAUUAAGAGGUAUUUGUGCGAUCUGUUCCAUCUUUGUAGAUCCUUCAUUUUCUGUCAGGAAAGCAAAAUUGAUACCUUUUUAUAUAUACAGAGAAACAGGGUGUAUAAAAAAAACUGAACAGAUUUAAAAUUGCUCUCAACUUCGCAUAACAGCUGUUAUUAUCCAGUUUUUGACAAAAACAUGGGUUUUUGUAUUCAUUAUUUUAGCAUGUGCUUGGUAGCUGCAGAAAAAGUUUACCCGAUUAAUCGGCUUUGCCGAUUAUUUACCGAUUAAUCGGCUCAUCCCUAGUCUGUUUCAUCCGUAUAGGAAUCAUCAGACCACCUGAUGAUUCCUAUACGGAUGAAACAGACUGUUGUGGUUGUUUUGAGGUAAAACAAAAGAAAACUAUAUAUAUAGCUUCUUUAGGUACUUAAAAUGUAGUAUAAUGGAAAAAAAUUCUAACAAACUAAUCGUAUUUUGAGUUAAAAGGGUGAAAAAUGUGUUGGGUGUUUAAUUGCUGCACGAAAUUUUAGACAAUUUGCUUCAGAUUGAGCCUUUAACUAUUCACGCAAACUUACAUUUUUUCCUAAAAAGUCAGGCAUUUGCAUGCGUAAUUAAUGUAUUUGCAUGCCUAAUUUGCAUAUGUCAGCAACAUGCAAAUUAGGUAAAGGCAUUAAUUAAGCAUGCGAAAGGCUGAAUAGUUAAAGGGCUUAAACUAAAGCAAAUUGUCUAAAAUUUUGUACAGUAAUUAAAAACCCAACAAAUUUUCCAUCCAUUAACUCGAAAUACGAUUAAAGCUUCUAAAUUUCGCAUUGAACCUGUUGUCAGUAUCUUCGCCGAUUCAUACUAGGUCUAGGAUAUCCAUAUUCAGAAAAAAGCUUGUCACGCAUUCAUAAGAGAGAUACCACUUCAGAUUUUAUUAUAUAACAUUAAUUUUUUUCGUGUAAUUGUAAUGUCACGUGUUUGCCUUCAGAUAUACCCGGUAAUGGCGUUUAUUUUAUGGCAUAUGAAAUGUUUUUAAGACAUAUGACUGCUGAGGGACAAACGUAAGUCGUUGCACAAGGUUGGUAGUUAAAGUGGCACUCUCGUCAAAAUUUUUAUUUUCUUAAACGAAAGUGCUCGUAAAACUGUAUAAUAACUUGUUUCGAAAAUUUUUGUUCCUAUGCUUAGUUCUUGAGAUAUUUCAUUUUGUUUUUAACCAUGUGACGUCAUUUACUCCAUUGCAUAUAUAAUGAGAUAUCAGUAAUUGUUGUGUAUCUUUGAUAUUUUUAUCAAAAUCUUUCCAAAGAUGCGGCGGGUUUGUUAACUUAAUCUACAUCAUUAAACACACUGUUUUUUUUAAAAACAAAUCCAUCAAAAGUAGCCAAGAUACACAACAAUUACUGAUAUCUCAUUAUAUAUGUAAUUGAGUAAAUGACGUCACAUGGUUACAAACAAAAUGAAAUAUCUCAAGAACUAAGCAUGGGAACAAAUAUCUUCAAAAGAAGUUUCUAUACAGUUUUAAGAGCAUUUUCGUUUAAGAAAAUAAAAAUUUUGACGAGAGUGCCACUUUAAACGUCUUUAAAACUACUUGAGCAUUUAUAUAUCAGAGUAGAAUAAUUGUGAAUCAAUUGUUCAUUGUUCCGAAUUUUUCGUCAUUCGUCGUAUUUUUUUAGUUUUCAUUAAUCUUUAUUCCUUUCCACCAUAACUCCCGUUAUUCAUGCAUAAUUCCGGAUGUUUUAAACGCAAAUAUUCAUCAUAGGGUCACAAGAUUGGUAUCUUGUAACAAAAUAAAGUUGAAGUUGAUUCGUUGCCAAGGCAACAAUAUACGGCAAACUUCAGAAUUGUUUCUAAAACCGAAAUUAAUAUUAAAAAGAUAGUACUUUAUCACAGAUUACGAAAAUUAUCCUUACAUAAAAAUGGUCCUUACAUGCAUAAUUGAUAAGCAUGCAAUUCUCGCAUGAAGAAUGAAUCUUCGGAAGUAUAUAUCACGACUUGGUAAACGGACCAUGCACGCACAUUGUGUAUAUCAGAUAGCAAUUCCCCCAUCAAUAAAAGUGUAUGGUUUGAAAUAUCCCAAGGCAAAGAAUGACCUAAGUAUAUAACGACGUAUUGUAGUUGUGCCCAACGCAUUGUAGUUGUGUGCGGUUGUGCAUGGAAAUCACUCUCAUAAUGGGCAGAGAUCACUGCAGUUGUUUGGUACAAUAGCUUUUCACAUCCCUCUUUUCUAUAUUAGCCGAGCCGACCUUGGACCAGUAAAGAUUUUUGUAGCUGGAGGUAAUUUUUGCCAUUAACUUAUCUUUCACAGCCAUUUAAUCGAGCGAAUUUAUUUCACAGUCAUGGUACACGAGGUCAUGACUACAAUUUUGUUAUCCCUAAACCAUGCAAACACCAAUUUUUUGAAAAAUAUAAAUGGAGCAGUGUAUAAUAUAAUGGAGCUGUGGUAUGGAAUUCAAUACCAAUUGAAAUUAGGAAUUCCACUUCCCUAAAAAUAUUCAAAAAUAAACUGUAGAAUUAAUUUGUUAUGUAUAUAGCUCUAAUUUCUCAUUCUCCUUGUAAAUGUUGUAAAUAUUUCAAAUGUCACGGCGCCUGGGAAGAUCAUCUUAUUUUCGAUGACAGGCCUCCCUGCCUAAAUAAUGUUCACUAUUCACUAAUAAACGCACUUGAUUUUUUCGCACUUGAUCUAUUCACUUGAUUUCUUUUUCAAUUUAAUGAAUGGUUUCUAGGACUAGCUGGAAUGAUGUGUUGGAUACCAGCAGUUGCCCCAGACACUCUUAAAUCCAGAUUUCAGACAGGUAUACGGUGGUUUUAUUGCAUGAUAUUAUUCUUGUCUUUUCUAUAUAUAGAAAAUGCUACAUGAUAUUUUAUCGUUGUUUACAUUUGGGCUUAUUUAUUUGUUAGACACACGAAAAGAAAAAUAAUUAGAAAGGUAGAGAAACAGGUAGAUACAGUUAUGGAGAAAUGAAAGCAUAAUUUAUUGGAGACAUUGACAAUGCUCUCUUGAACAUUGAACAAUGUGCUGCUUUUGUGCUGAAAGUCCGUUACCAUGUCAACAGCGUGCUUAGGAUAAGGCUCAAAAAAAUUUUUCCGACCAUUUUAAAAAUCCAUUCGGGAAAUUUUUUUAGUUUUUCGACUGUUGUACACGUCAGAUGUGAUAACUGUUCACGUCACAUCUCGCAAAAAAUGCCAAAAUUAAUCCAAAAUUUCUUCCUUUUCCUUCGGGAAAACUUUUUAAAACUUUGCACAUUUCUUAACAUCGGCUUAACAAGCUCAAUAUUCUUUUUCUUAAAAUUUUAUUGAAAGGAAUUUUUUUAAUAUUGAUUUGUGACGUUUUUGAAAUUUUCUAAAAAAACGUUGGAUAGAAUUUUUUUUAAAUUCAAGAAAAAAAAUCAUUAUACGAGAAUUAUUUUUAUGCAAAGUUUUAAAAAAAUUUACCGAAGGGAAUUUUUAAAAUGGCCGGGAAAAGACAAAUUUUGAGCUUAAUUAUCCAAAGCACGCUGUUUCCAUGGUAACGGACUUUCAGCGCAAAAGUAGCAAAUUGCAAUGUUCAAGAGAGCGUUGUGAAUGUGUCCAAUAAAUCCCGUCUUGAUGUUAUGUAAGGACUAGUUUCCACUCAGGAAAAUUAUCCGUGGAUUGGAACGGACAAGAAAAUUUUUCUUUGUGUUAAAGUCAGUUCCCACCCAGAGCUCACAAGACAAAGCAAAAUUGUCUUGUCCAUUCCAAUCCACGGAUAAUUUUUUCUGAGUGGAAACUCCCCUUAAAGUGAAGAAACAGGAGUUUUCUGGAUACUAUAGUGUAGUAUAAUGCAAAAACCAUAGGGAGCCACCUUAGAAUAGUUUUUAUUAUUAUUUUAUGGGUUUUUAAACACAGAAAUCACUCGUAGUCACUCGUGGUCACUCAUUGUGUGUACUUUUAGACAAGAUCGAUUCUCUCAACCUCGUUCCCAGAAAAGAUCCUGGCAGGAGCUGGUCACGCGAUCUGCUAAAAUUAAUCAGAUUUCUAAUUAACUAUCUUGGUUUCAUUUAAAAUCAAAUCAAAGUAAACUUGCAAAACAAAAUGCAAGUUUUAAAAUGCAGUAUAAAUAUCAAAUAUUUAUCAACAUCGUCAUCAUCAAUUCAAAAUCUGCUAGAUUUAAGCAGAUCACGUAACCAGCUCCUACCAGGGUCUUUCCUCCACAAGAGGUAAGAGCCUGGGGACGAGGUUGUGAUUCUCUCUGAUCUGCACAGUCAGAACUCCGUCAGUCAGUAGUCAUGCAGUACAGAUGAUAAGUAAUAGAUUUUCUAUUUCUUCACGCAGCUCCCGAAGGAACAUAUCCUAAAGGUGUACGCGAUGUUUUUAGACAUAUGGUAAAGAACUUUACUUAUUUUAACUUUUAUUUUACCUGACUUCGAGCAGCUGAGUUUGUAACAUCCUCUUUAGUUCAAGGACGCUAUUUUUAAGGUCCAUUUAGAUACACGAUACAACUAAUUGCAUGUAUAUCAUUGUGGCGUAUGAAAACGACUGCUGACGCAAUAGGCGUAUUCAGACUUGUUCCACGUCUGCCACUCACAGCGGCAUUUUUACAUUUCAAGAUCCCAAAUAAAAAUCCCUUGGAGAGGCAGAUUUGGAGAAAGUCUAUAGCGCGUAUUGUUUCUAUGUAGAUGAGAGAAGAAGGUCCAAAGGCUUUGUUUAAGGGUUUGACACCAGUUAUGUUACGAGCAUUUCCAGCAAACGCGGUAAGCGUGUUAAAUUGUUAUUAUGUAUCCUAUAUAUAGAGGAUAUUAGACGGUUGCGAAGAGAUAUGGAUUUUAUGUUCGAGUGGCAAAAACAAUAUCUCGCGAGUGAGCGCAGCGAACGAGUUAGAUAUUGUUUUUGACACGAGAACAUAAAUCCAUAUCUUCUCGCAACCGUUUAAUGUUCUGUUUAUUAUAUGCAUGGACUUAUUCAGAGUGACAAAAAUACACACAAAGACGACAUUUAAAUAAACACGCGAAAGACCAGUAUAAAAGCGAUAUUUUUUAAAAAUUAUAGUGCAAACAUGAUACUAGAAUAAAUUUUACUUAUCUCAAGAUGUCUUUUAAAUGUUUUCGUUUUAUUUCCAACGUUAAUUUCGUUUUAAAUACGAACCAAAGACCAUUUGUAUUUUCAAAACAACAACAAUGAAAAUGGCGGGAAAUUUUCGAACUUCGUAUGUCACUCGCAGGGAUGAAAUACGGAAAAUACGGGCACCUGGUCCCGGAUGUAGUGACGUAUGAGUUCUACGAGUAUUUUAGUUUCCAGUAAAACACCAUUGUCCAUAUAAUAAAUAGUUGUGUCCUAUAUAUUUUGUUAUAAUAUUUUCAAACAGCCAUGCAUUGCUUUUUCAUAAAUCUGAACGAUGCGCACUUUCACACUCAUGCAUGCACGGUUUAACUUCUCCGUUCUAUAAUUCUACACGUACAGUAACACCUUAAUUAGCCUUUCUCACGCCGCCAUUUUUGGGUGGCAUUUCAGCUGAAGUCUGCUAGAUAAGUCCACAUAACAGCGACUUUAUAAUUUUUUGGACGAAUGAUGGUGAAUUUGCUUUGUAAAUGGUUAGUUUAUUUUGAAAAAUUGCUUUUCACAUUGUUUUAAUUGUCUGCAUUGGAUAACGAGAAUUGGAUGCCACCCAAAAAUGGCGGAUAUUCGUCAUCGUGAGAAAGGCUAAUUGGGUAUACGUCAUGUGUCCACCACUCGUUUUAUUAAGAAGAUUGCAUGACAGGAUACAUUCUCGUACCCAGUGCCCUUCUUACGCGCGGUGCGACGAGGGGCUCUGGCCAAAUCCAUAACCGGAUACCAUAAAAACAUGGUAAGAAAACAAUGUCCGGUGUUAGAACUAGCCAAUCAGAUGCCAGUUCGAAAUGUGGAUUUGGCCAGAGCCCCUCGUCGCACCGCGCGUAAGAAGGGCUCUGGAUACGAGAAUGGGCUCUGGCCAAAUACAAAACCGGAUACCAUAAAAACAUGGUAAAAGAAUAUAUCCGGUAUUAGAACAAUAACCUUCGUUGUAGCCAAUCAGAUGUCAGUUUGAUAUGGAUUUGGCCAGAGCCCCUCGUCGCACCGCGCGUAAGAAGGGCUCUGGGUAAGAGAAUGGACAGGAUACUACAGUGCCAUGUUAAGGUAUGGGUAAUUAAAUAUCAACAUUUUGUUGGCAUCUCACUCGAUUCAAUAAUAGUUGAGGGGUUUUGCAGAUGGAAAUUAUCGAGUGUAAAUUUUAUAUACAUUUAUUAGACCCAUAGAAAUAAUAGAUAUAGAAUGCGUACUUCUAUCUUUCUCAGUAAAACAUUUGUCUCCACAAAAUGGCGGAUUUAUAAGGGCAUUUUGGCUCGUCCCAAACUCCUGUGCAAAGGAAUUUCGCGCGGUUGCGUGGAGUGCGA